CAAUUGCCACAAAUGAUGCAGAUAAAUUGUUUGGCAUGAAAAGACUUUAAAUGCUACCCUCCAUGGCCGAGCAAAACAAUGAGAGACGGUUUUCCAGCCGACCUCCAUCCUACCGAACAGCCCAAAGAACAAAGAGUCAAACGGAGCUAAUUCAAAAUCAUGAUCGAAAGGAGGAACAAGAACCGGCAAUUCCUCGGCCUUUUCCCGAGGAACGCCCUCCUAAAGAGUUAACGAGCUUUCAAUUGGCUCAAAACAUUUGUGAAUUGCUCAUCUCGAUCGUCCUUGACUUUCUGCUCUUGAUUUUUGAGGUGGGCGCCAACAUCAAAUUGGCUUUGGAAUUGCAACACGUGGGUUCCAUUGGAGCAUUCAGAGCGAUAAUCAUCUUCACUACCAUUCCCUCAAUCCUAUUGUCAUUGACUUGGAUGAGUCUGUGUAAACAGAGAGUAAACCAACAUUUUGGUUAUUGCUGGAUACUUUUGAUCCUUUUGAUUGGGUAUCCAUCUCCAGUUCUUGUCUAUCUGGCAAUCUGGAUCACCAUCUUCAAGAAAGACGGAUCAACCGCUGAGAAUGCCAAGGUUUUAGGGAACCAAUUCCGAGUGGUACAAGCUUGCUUCAGCUCGAACCCGAUUUUGCUCAUCAAUCUAAGUGUGCUAUUUUCUGUCUUGGAAAAUGAGAACAAGUUAGAUUUUGCCAGAUUUGCCGACCAUCCUGUGUCUCUCCAUACUUUGGCUGCCUUUCUAUCCUUGUUGAACAUCAUUCGAGCAGCUUCCUUGUUCAAUGAUCGAAAAUCGUUCACCAUCACGUUCAUCUUCAUUGGAUUACCCUUCAUUGUGGCUACUACACUCACCAGGACAUUGAGCCUUUCUCUUAUGUUGGCCUUCUUCCCUCAGGUCUGGUCAAUAGCCACCAUUUUAGCAAUGUUUGCUUGCAACAUGUUGCUCUACCGAGUUUGCAUCAGGUUUCCAGGACGAUCCACCACGGUCCAAGAAAAUCCAUACCCCUUGACCCAAGAUGCCCUUGAGACCGACCAAUCUGAGAAUUCAUAUUGGAGCCAAUUUCCAAAUCACGUCUUGUACUCCCUUUUUUCAAUCAUCUGUCCCUUAGCCUAUUCCAAUGACGAGAAACACAGUAACGUCAAGAUGAGAGGAGGCUGUCUGAUUGUGUUCAACUACAUCAUGAACAUGUCGAUCAUCGGCAUCGCUUUGGGCUUCACCAUCCACCAAAACGUUCCCAAUGAGAUCCACGGGAUUCGUUUCCACCAACCUAACCAAACAGUGGUCAUUUCUGGAACUAAGGUCCAGAUUCCCUUGAGCGGCAUAGCUCUCAACCUGAAUCUACCAGACCAAGAAAUCAAUCUGGCCUCCAUGCCGGAUCCAUAUCUGAACUUGAACACGGAACAGUCCCAUAUUUAUAUCGCGUCGGCCUUCCCCAUUCUUAUGGUCUUCAUGUCCUUGCCCUGGAUGGUGAUGAGAGCGGCCAUUAUGGAACUAGACUGCUUGGUGGUUCGUCGGAAGUUCAUUGAUGGGGAAAAGGCCGGAUCGACCAGCGACAUUGUCCAUGAGAAUGCUCAUGGUUUUAGGAUGAGGAUUCGAAUUUACUCGAUGCUUUGCUGUUCCGUAUUCGCGACGUUCUUGUUCACUUUUAGCAUCUUGGGAGGUGGGGGAAUGCUGCUUGGUCAGUUACAUGGUUAGCAUGCCAAAUGUAUGAAAUAAAGAUGUAGUAAGUAUG